UCCCGUGAAUUCCAGCGCUCUUCGCCCUGGCUUUCCCUGCCAUCAAGAAAACUCAUAGCCCAACGGCGAUGUUAUAGUUGGCAUAAGCCAAGACAACUAUCAAGGCACUAUGCUUGCCAUUCAGAUCCCUCACGGUCGAAAACGAGCAGACUUUUCUCUCUCACCCACACGCGAAAGCUGUUCUUCAACUUGAGCUUGAAGGUUGACGCUUGAAGAUUGAGGCUUGAAGCUUGAAGAUUGAGGCUUGAAGCUUGAAGCAUCGCACCUCCCUAGUGUGCGCACUCACGCAUCGAGCUUCGCAUCCCUCUCUCGCGAUGGCGCAAAUAGCCGCACGCCUCAUGAUCUUGUUUCUCGCAUCCACGUGCGUGUCCUUCACGCACGCCUCCUUCGUCAACCAGCUAUCUGCGUCGGGUUACACAGAUUUCGCCAAUCUUCUUUCGCACGCGGGCCUCGAGCGCGAAAUUGACGGCAUGAUCGCGAAGGGGCGCACCGUCACGGUCUUCGCGCCGACCAACGCAGGCAUCGCCGAACAUAUCUCCCCUGUCGGCCUUACUACCAUGGUCCUCCCCGCUAAUCGCGCCGCUCUGCGCCAGCUCCUCCUGCACCACUUCAUCCCCCAUAGCGUCUCGCUCUUCUCCUGGAAGGGCGCCGCCACGUCAUCCACGGGAUCCGCUAUAAGCCUCUCCAUGGACGCGCUUUAUUUCUACGCGGGGGGCGUGCCUGUGCAGGAGGUCAACGCGCUGGCGGCUAAGAACUUCGUCGUGCACUCCGUCCGCGGCGUGAUCGUGCCCGCGCCGCUGGCCGCCUCCAUGCGACCUCUGCGACCGCAGGCGACGUCGUCCGCAGUCGUAGCCGGCGGUUCGCGGCAAUCGCGGAAAAUGGCGCCUGUGAAGGCUGCGGCUGUUGCGGAACGGCGCGAGGACGAGCUUGCGGCCGUUGCGGCGGCAAAAGCGGCGGCGGUGGCGGCCGAGGCGGAAGCCAAGGUGUCGAAGGUGGUGGCGAAGUUGGAAACGAGCAGGAGCAAGGCGACGACUCAUGCUACUACAAGUACUACUUACGCUACGACGGGUGGUAGCGUUGCGACUGUCACGAAGGCGUCGGUUUGAGCAUCGCAUGGCGUGUCCGUGCUUCCUGUGGAGUCUUUCCGCGCCCGACGUUGUUGCGGGCCUCCGCCCGUGUCCGUUUUGCGCUGAUCGCCCCUCAUCCCUCAUCCCGAAUCUCCCCCCCUCCCCUCCCAUCCAUUCCCUCCCUCCAUUUCCGCCCUUCACCGUUUCCACCUUCCGCACCCUCAGUUUUCCUAUGGUUUCUCACACCUGUCUCAGCUGCCUGUGUGUUUGUGUUGUGCUGUAACAUGUAAGCCUGUCUUGUACCAGCUAGAUGUUCGAAGUGCGUGGCGAAGGCGCCCGCCAAUAUUGACGUCCGCUGUAUGUAAUAAUUUACCCCUGUAACGACUAUUAUAUUACUAUAGUGAAAUGUAUUGUUUUAGUGA